AAAGUGACACAGUUUUACACAAUUUAUAAAAAAGUUCCAACUCUGAAAGCUUUAAGUGCCGUACUCAGAGAAGAAAAUAUAUUACACUGCGGCAGGGAAUAUUUAAGGCUAUUAUUACACGAUCUAGGGUUUAAAUUUAAGAGAUGCCAAUCUAAAAGGGUACUUCUUAUCGAACAGCCAAAUAUAACAUCAUGGAGGUGGAAAUACCUAAAUACUAUUAAAAAGUAUCGUAGAGAAGGAAGAACUAUUUUAUAUCUUGACGAAACUUAUGUAAAUGCGUCUCAUAACGUUUCAAAAUGUUGGCAAUCAAAGGAUGAACGUGGCGUAUUAUCUCAUAUCGGUAAAGGUCCACGUUUGAUUAUCGUACAUUGUGGAGGUCAAACUGGAUUUGUAAACGGAGCACUUUUGAUGUUCAAAUCCAAAUGUAAAACUGGUGAUUAUCACAACGAUAUGAACUUCGAAAACUUCAGUAAAUGGACAAAUGAAAAGCUCUUGCCUAAUAUACCUCCAAAUUCUGUCAUAAUAAUGGAUAACGCAGCAUACCAUUCGGUUCGCGAAGAUAAAAAGCCAACUAUGGCGUCUACCAAGGCAUCUAUGCAAGCUUGGUUACGACGACAUAACGUAUCAUUUGACGAUAAACUUAGAAAAUGUGACUUAUUACAACUAAUUAAAAGAGAGUUCACAGAAGAUAUUUACAAAAUUGACGAGUUAUUAAAGAAAAACGGACAUGAAGUGUUGCGUUUGCCUCCAUACCACCCAGACCUAAACCCAAUUGAGUUGGUGUGGGGGGAUAUUAAGGGACAAUUAGCACAAAAGAAUAUCGAACCUAAUUUGGACCAAAAGAAAAUUACACUAGAGGGAUUAUUUGCUGAAUAUUCCGCAGAGAAGUGGGAGCAAUGUGUCAAUCAUGUAAUUAAAAUCGAGGACGAAUACUGUAAUCAUGACAGAAUUCUAGAUGAUGUUGUUGAUCAAUUGAUUAUAAAUCUGCAGGACGAUUCUGAUGAUGACGAUAACUCCGAAAGUGAAGAAUCAAGUUCAAGUGAUAUUGAUAUGGACAUAAGUGAUUGAUUUAUAAUUUAUAAAUCACUUUCGAGUCGU